CAUGUAUGUCCCAGCGUAGUGGUCGCCCACUAGUGCACUGCAUGUCAGCUCGCGAGCAAACACUGAUAGCGGCAUGGCCUAUGGACGCUGUAACAGGGAGAGUGUGUGCAGUAACACUACCAGUAAUUUGCCGUGGUAUAAAACCACCCAGCACACACUCGCUGUGCUGGGUUGACUGUCUUUCUAAUCUAGGUCAGUGGGUGAACGGAACCGCUGUUAGCAACGAGCUAGGAUAGAAACACUGCAAUGCCAAUGCUAAUGGAAGGUGGAGGUGAGAUUUCUUCGGCGAAGCCUCAUUUCCACCUAUCUCACCGAGCUCGACAUGACGAGGAAGACGAAAAAACUCGAUUACGGCCUCUCCGGGCUAUCGAUCUCAGCCUAUCGCAUUUGACUGGUCCAACAGCAGCAGCUGGUGGUCGUCGUUCCUUGCCUGAAAACAGUUCAUCCUCAACAACGGGUGGUGCUUCAAAUCAUGAACCACGUGUCCCUCGACUUCUACACUUCACCGCCAUCCCGUCAGCGAGAAAUAACAUCUACUCGCCACCAAGCCCUGUCGGAUUCAGCGGCAGCAGCUGUGACAGUUCACCGGAAUUCUUCUCCCGAUCGAGCCAUGUCGAACGCACCAGCAGCUCGUCGUACACGUACGAGUGCCGAUCAGCUGUUACAGAAACGGCAACAGCGGGAUCGAUCGUCACCGUGUCAGAAACAUCAACGUCCGUAUCUUCGGGACAUACAAGUCGUUCGCCGCUGCGUAGUAUACUGCGCUCGGGCUCUGGCGGCGCAACCAAACUUCAGAGAUCACGCUCGGCACCAAACGAUCGCAGGAAAACUACUGUCGACUCUGACAGCGAGGUGACAGUCAAAAUCCGUCAGCAGACACGAUCAGUAGUUUUCGGAGACGAGCGCGGCCUGCCACUAGUAUCUGUAUUUCAUUACCAAUGUGGACAUCCCUUGCGUCGGCAUAGAAGCGCUCCGGAGAACAUUUGCAAUGCCGGCAUAGGAAACAGCCGCAUCAAUGUGUCAUCAAAUUUAUCUUAUGACGACCUGUCGGAUGACGAGUUUGCGCAAGCGCGGCGGUCGAGCAAGAGCAAUGCCGAAUCCGGGCCCAGUGAUGGAGCCAGCACACUGACGAGCAAUGGACUCAUUCCCAUGAAGUACUACUUGGAUUGUCCGCAGCCCUGGUCAAGCACGGAUUUCUCCGCCCGCUUGGAAGCGAACAUGGUGUGCCUGGAGCGCCUGUCAGUCAGUGAGCAUGGAGAUGUGUUAGGCUUAGUGCGCGUGGCCAACGUAGCCUAUUACAAAAGUGUGAAAAUCAGACUGACUGUGGACAACUGGGAGAACUGCGUGGAAGUCAUUGGGAAAUACUCCAGGUCGCUGGACGAAAAGCUCGACCUGUUUACGUUCACCUACAAACUGCCUGCGGUGGGGAUAACGUUCGGUCGGGGACCUAUUGCCAUCUCAGCGCGCUCAUCGUUUGUCGUUGCACAGUUUGCUGUGCGCUACACCGUUGACAGUAAGGAGUUCUGGGACAACAACUACAACAAGAAUUAUCGCAUUGUCCGAGAAUGGAAACAUUGAGAAAAGCUGGUUGAUUUGCAAUGAGAAUUCGACACAUUUCUCAUGCAGAGAAAAUUGAUGUGUCCCAUGCUGCAGGUGUGGCGUGGAGCAGAGUACAACACUGGCUUUAUCCAGUGUGAUGACUCAGCUAGCUGUUCCAGCAGUGCAGGAAUGCAUGCAUAAUUCUUUCCUGUGCAGGAUUGUACAGGUGUGUUUUUGGGGCAACUCUGAGUCUUGAAUGCCAUGCUACAUACUGAGUGAGAGCUCACAGUGCACAACACAUACCAGCAUGCUUCCUGGCAUGGUCUGGUUUCCUCAGAGUAUUUCUUGUUUUAGCCUUUGAAAUGACAAAAAUGGCUACAUAUUCUUUGAUUGUUCGUGGCACACUAGUGAGGGCAGUGCAGUCUAAGGCACAAUGACUAUGUACCCUGUCUAUUAGCGUUAUCCAUACGUCUAUGGUUCACUUGAACACAAACUCCAUCCCUUUUUGCCUUGAACCUAAGUAGAUGCAUGGCUGAGCCUUGACAUACACUUACGCCAUUAUUUUUACUGUUAGGAAUGCAGCUUUGCAGCUUUUUUUACUUCAAUUUGCAAACCUCAGAAUUACCAGCGACAUUCCUACCGUUGAGAAAUGAAUACCGCUCUUAACAAUCUCCUGAUAUACAUGCAUUUGCAGCCACCAAAGAUCCAUCCCUAUGAUUUUUAGGCUGGGCUAGAUAUUCUAGCACUAGUGACUUUUAAAAAGAUUGCAGUUUGUGUGAUUGUUUUGGUUAGAUCGCCACAGUCUGGCAUGUGGAUGUAUUGCAGUCCAUUUGA